UGGAAACAGCAACUGUUAGGCUUUUAUAAGUGUUUUUUUCGCAAAUUUACUUUUUAUACAGUAUGUUGUAACGUUUCCCUAACUUUCUGCGAAAGUGUUGUGUUUUGUGAACAAUCUGACGCCGGCUGAGUCAAGGCUGCACGCACAGUAGGUGGCGGUAAUGCACACACAAGGUUGCUUGCCAACCGCCAUGAAAAUCAGAAGAAGAAGAAGAAGAAGGAGAAGAAGAAGAAGACUACACGCAUGCACAAUUGAAGCUGCUCCGUGAGACAAAGAAGGACGAAGGCUAACUACUUCCAGAAUCCCGAUUUUAAAGCAAUUUGUUGCGCCAUCCAUUUAUCACAAGUUGGCUGUUAUAAAGUUUCCAAACUGACCAAAGACCAACGAAUGACUUCUAAAGAAGGGUGGAUUUAUUUGUAGUUUAGUUAAACAAUAAUUUGCCCCGUCAGUGAUAUGGUUUGAAUGCUGCCUGAACGUUCCAAAUUUGGCAGACACGGUGAGGACAAUGCUGAGGAAAAUUGCCACAAACAAAGUCCUGGAGCAGCUUGGCCUCCGUGGAAAGUCAGGAAAAGUGGCGUUUGAGGACUUGCCCCUUUACAGAAUAAUAAAUAAGGCAUGCAGGGGUGUUUACAAGCAGAUGACCACAGCUGAAGUGGAUUGUGAGCUUGGAGAGGUCCUGAAACUGGCCACUUUUCGAAAGGGAGGUUCAAAAUUUGAGGAGAAGAGGAGGAAUUAAGAGGGAGGACAAAAAAGGAAAAAGAAACAAGCAAAAGAACAGAGUGAGAUGAGAGAAUAAACACAAUAUGAAGAAGUUUCAACAGAGGGCUUAUAAGCGUAGAUGGGCUGCCACAACUAGGCAUUUGAAGAAGCAAUGCCGACAGUCAACUUUAGAAUUAGAGAGUGAUGAUAGCGAGCAAGAGAAUGACACGACAUCAACUCCAGAAACAGUGACAAAAUGGCUCCUUCUUUUGUGGUCGUUGAGUUCCUUGGUGAACGUUCAGUCGCUGUUGUCCCAACCAUAUGGACAGAAGAUGAUGGAAAGAAUACCUUCUGCUAUUGGCCAAGGCCAAAUUCUACCCACUCCAGAAUCCGGAAAGCUGAGAUUCCUGACAAACAAUUCUGGGAGAGGCUGCCAAUUCGGGUUUUCAGGAAAACAUUGACUGCGAGUACCAGACCACUUCAGCCAGUACCAGCCAAUACCAGACCACUCCAAGGCAUCCAGGCCGACCUCACAGCCCAGCGAGAAUUGCAGCACUUCCAGGCUCAGUCCAGACAGGAAUGCAUCCAGCUCAAGCCAGUACCAGACCGCUCAAGCCAGUACCAGACCACUCCAGCCAGUACGAGUCAGUACCAGACCGCUCCAAGAACCAGCAGGAAUGCCCUUGACAGUGAACUUUUCCAGUUGAACAUGAAAGUUCAAAAUAUACUUGAGAACCAGGGAGAAAUUAUGCACAUGCUGAGAGGGCUGGCAGCACAGUCUGUGGGGCCAGAAUCUGUGGAUGUUCAAGAUCUCAUUGAUCAGCCUUUCGAGACUCUUGAGCAGCUGAAGGCCUUCUGUGAACGGCUCGACACUGAUCUUCUGCUCAGAAAGCAGCUGGUGAAAGCUCUUACUGCUCUUGGUGGGCAGAAUUUGGCAGACACGGUGAGGACAAUGCUGAGGAAAAUUGCCACAAACAAAGUCCUGGAGCAGCUUGGUCUCCGUGGAAAGUCAGGAAAAGUGGCGUUUGAGAACUUGCCCCUUUACAGAAUAAUAAAUAAGGCAUGCAGGGGUGUUUACAAGCAGACGACCACAGCUGAAGUGGAUUGUGAGCUUGGAGAGGUCCUGAAACUGGCCACUUUUCGAAAGGGAGGUUCAAAAUUUGAGGAGAAGAGGAGGAAUUAAGAGGGAGGACAAAAAAGGAAAAAGAAACAAGCAAAGGAACAAAGUGAGAUGAGAGGAUUUGGGUUUCCCUGCUUGGGCUGCUGCCCCCGCGACCCGACCUCGCAUAAGCGGAAGAAGAUGGAUGGAUGGAUUUACUUCCAGGAAGAGAACCAAGAAGGGGCAGGAUACACUGACGCGCACGACCAAGACCACUGCAUUCCAUUCCAUUUAUAAAUGAUAAAUGAUAAAUGGGUUAUAUGAGAUAGGCUCCAGCGCCCCCCGCGACCCCGAAGGGAAUAAGCGGUAGAAAAUGGA